AUGGUUGGCCCGAAGGGAUUAAAGAGGCGGCUUAGCGUUGUACUGCAGGAACAGGAGGACCUCCUUGAAAACAGUGAGAUUAUCCUUGAUCAGGAGCCACUUUCAGAUUAUGCCUCAAGGGUCCCUAAUGACCAAGGGGAAUUGCGAAAGAGACAGCGUGUCUCCGUACUAAAGCAGCCGGAGCUCAACGCCAAUAUCUUCCGUUUUGACCACAUCCCUCAGGACGAACUAAGUUUCAAUCCCGCUGCGGAUUCUUUGCCUCCGGACCGACUUGCACCCCCUUCAAAUCCGACCGCCAAGCCGGUUUUUCCAGACCGGAUUUUACCACUGCCAGUUCCAACUGGUUCGCGGCGAUAUGAUCCGUUUACCGCUGCGACGAAUGCGCCGUCACGCCCAUCGCCAUCUCCAUAUUCCUUGGGAGUACCCCCUCCACGCACGGGGCUGUCUCAACCCCCAAGGCCCCAUUCAUAUCCUUCAAAUAUGGUACCAGCAACUUCUAAAAUUGAGGGAUCGCACAGGACCCCGAGUCGUACGCCACCGCCAACUACGCACGUUGUACCUCAGUAUACUUAUGCAAACAUGCAGGCGCCGACUGCUCAAGCUACAUGGUUAGGAUCAGUAUUUCAAUCUCCCGAUCUUUCUAUACGUCAGCCGAGACCCCGAGCUGUUAGUAUGCCAUACGUUUUGUCUUACAGGUCAAGUUCGAGCGCGGAAUCUCAAGCAGUGGGUGCUGUUGUGGAUGCGGAUGCCCAACCAUUGACACCUCAAAAUGCCGACCCUACUUUUCCCAGAGCGCAAUCACUGAGAGCAAUGCUGGGCAUUCUGAACGUAGCCAUUCUGACAAGUAAGGCUGAGCACUCUGAAGAUAACCAUUCUGAUGGUAAGGCUGGCCAUUCUGAAAUGGGAGCGGGGUAUUUUGGACGGGUGGCUGGCCAUUCUGAUAAGGAGUCUGGGCAGUCGUCCAUAAUACCCCGCCCCGUAUCGACAAAGGCGACGAUUGUGCUCUUUGACGAUGCGGGCCGGCAUUUUGAAGUGGUGAAUGGCUACGUUCAGAAUUGCUACGCUCAGCCGUACGAUCAUAAUCGCUUGGCAUUGUUCCAGAAUUACCCAACUAUCUUUCCGAAUUAUCUUUCAUUUAAUAAUAAUCAACUGCGGUCUCAUCAAAAUGGGGUCCCAGCUUCCAUACCACAUUUUGAGUCGGGAUCUGGGGUUGCUAGCCAGCCUUCUAUCCCCAGCGCCCAACCAGCUCAUGGGGGGUGGCGGCUCCUCAAGCCUCUCGUUCUCCAAGCAGUGGAGGUCAUAGUUCUCCAAGUCGUCGAAGUCAUAGUCCUCCACCAGCUCCUCGUCUUCCUUAUCGGGAACCGAUACCCCCUAGUUCACCAGUCCCUAUACUAUGCCUCGGGCGGCAAGCCGGCCGUUGCUCCUACUCCAGUCGAAGAUAAGUCGCUGACAACUUUGAGUAACUUAUUUGAGAAAUACCGAGGGUCGGAUGAUGAAAAGGAUUCCAUCAGCGUCGACGGCACGAUGGCAUAUCUCACAGACCUCGCCGUGAAUCUCGAAGACGCAUCGUCCCUCAUUUCACUAGAAAUUGUCCAGGCUCCGGCAAUCGGGGAGAUGACGAGAGAUGGGUUUGUAAAGGGCUGGCAAAAGGCUGGAGCCGACUCUAGAAGCACCUUAGACACAAUACCCAAGCAAAAAGCAUACAUUGCUAGCCAGACAAAACUCCUCUCCUCCGACACCACCCUUUUCAAGCGUGUCUACAAACACACCUUUGUCAGCUCCAAAGAGCGUAGUCAGAAAGCGCUACCUCUCGAGAACGCCCUUGUGUACUGGGAGAUGCUCUUCUCAAGCCCUGGCAUGUGCUGGGCUUCUGCGAUGACGGACUGGCUGAAGCUGUGGCUCGAGUUCCUGAACGCCAAGUGGACGAAGACCGUUAAUAAAGACAUGUGGAACCAGACGCUUGAGUUCUUCACCAAGAGCAGGGAGGACGAGACGAUGAGCUUUUGGUCUGAGGAGGGUGCGUGGCCGGGCGUCAUUGACGACUUCGUUGUCUGGGUCCGAGAGAAGAGGGGCGGCGGAGCAGUGACAGAUAAUAUGGAGACGGAUUAG